AUGCAGACAGCCUACGUCUCAAUAGGCGCGAACCGAUCAAGCUCUUGCUGUGCGUCGUCCUCAGCAGGCGUUUUUGCGUACGGCGCCGGCUCAACCGUCGCCCUCUGGGACACUACAACCGAUGGUGGUGUGUUCGCCACUCUUCUAGGACACAAGGGACAUGUCACGACAGUCAAACUCCUCCGUGACGGCGAGGUGACGGCAUUCGUGUCCGGCGACAAUGUCGGCGAGGUGCGGGUAUGGGAGGGUACGGGCCGGAGCUUCAAAUGCACAGCAGCAUUCAAGGCGCACAAGGGCAGCGUGUCCGCCCUCGGUGUCUUCCCCGGCGGCAAUGAGCUGAUGACGGGCGGCAGCGACGCCGUGCUUAAGCGCUGGACACUGUCUUCCUCGCCAGUGGCCGUCGCCACGCUUGACUUGAAGGGCAAGCUCCCACUGGACAUUGAGCUCGCUCUCCUUCCCUACUCUGAUCAGCCGCUGCUCGUCGUCGGCUGCACGGACCGAAAAGUGCAGGUCUGGGUUCCCUCCGACAAUUCCUUCCGACGAGCGGUCAUGCUCGAGGGCCACGAGGACUGGGUUCGCUGCCUGGCCUUCACCACGACUGGAUCCGAUCUGCUCCUCGCCUCGGGCUCGCAGGAUAAUUACGUCCGCCUCUGGCGUAUUGGACUCGGACGCGAGGUCGACCCGCUUGCCGAGCUCGACGCAGAGGAAAGCGCUGAGGUAUCGACAAAGGCGCACCCGUUCGUCGUCGCCGGUGUGCGAUACGCGAUUACACUUGAGGCGCUGCUGGUCGGACACGAGGGAGGGCUGACGAAUGUCCACUUCUUGGGCGACACGGCGCUCCUCUCGACGGCCGCCGACAACUCAAUGAUUAUCUGGGAGCCGACAGACCAGUCAGGGCAGAAGGACGGCAUGUGGAUCCCCGCCCACCGAUUCGGAGCCUUUGGCGGGCGCGGGCUUAGCUUCUUCGGUGCUGUCUGGGCACCAAACUCGGUCAUUGCCACGGGAUGGACGGGCGGCGUCGAGCGUUGGCGCCGCAGCGCGGGAGCAUGGGAUCCAACGCCGGGUGUCACGGGCCACUUUGAUGCCGCACGGAGUGUCGCCUGGGAUCCUUCAGGCGACUAUGUCCUCAGCACGAGCGCGGAUCAGACGUCGCGCAUCCACGCCGCUGCGACCUCGACUGGCUCCCCUGUCUGGGGCGAGAUCGCCCGCCCGCAAGUGCACGGCUAUGACCUCGUGGACGGCGGGUUCCUGACUCCCUUCCGCAUUGCUACGGCAGCCGAGGAGAAGACGGUACGAGUCUUCGAGGGGACGGAGGGCUUUGCUCAGUCGCUCGCUUCGCUCGGUAUCGCCAAUCCCAGCACCGAGGUCAUCGAGAGCCUGCCGAAGGGUGCGACCGUGCCGCCGCUAGGUCUUUCGAACCGCGCACUGGGCAAGGCGUACGAUGAGCCCGAGAUCAAGACGAGCCACGAGGCACAGCACAGCGUGGCCGCCACGCUCGCCGCGCUGCCCACCGAGGAGGAGCUCGGCACGAGCACGCUGUGGCCCGAGAUUGAGAAGAUCUACGGACACGGUUACGAGUUGGUGACGCUUGCGGCCUCUCACAGCGGCGAUGUGAUCGCCACGGCCUCCCGCGCCAGUUCGGCCGAGCAUGCCGCCGUGCGCCUCACGUCGACAAAGGACUGGAGCCACAUCGCGACUCUGCCCGGCCACACUCUCACAGUCACGCGCAUCGCAUGGAGCCCGGACGACCAGCGCGUGCUGACCGUUUCUCGCGAUCGUGGGUGGCGGCUGUACGAGCUCGACGGCGACGAAUGGAAGCAGGUCGCGGGCGAGGAGAAAGCCCACGCGCGCAUGGUGCUCGACUGCGCGUUCGUCGAUAACGAGACGUUCGUGACCGCCUCGCGCGACAAGACGGUCAAAGUGUGGAAGAACGGCACGUGCACGGGCACGAUCAAGCUCGAGUCGCCGGCCACGGCUGUGGCUGCUGGACCGCUGCUCGCGAUUGGAACGGAAGCAGGUGCGGUGGAGCUGUACGACCUCCAGGGUGAGCACAAGGGCUCGCUGCCAGAGGAGCAGAGGCAUGCUGGUCCUGUGGCGAGGCUGGCUUGGUCGAAGGGAGGCAAGCUCGCCAGCGCGAGCGAGGACAGGAGCGUGCGCGUGUUUGAGAUGGCAUAG